UUUUGUGAAGAGAUGAAGAGUGGACGGUUGUUCCUUCGUUGUCGACCUCGAGCAGCAGUCAAUUUCUCACAGAACCUGGGAGUAGGAGAUUCGAGUAGAAUCUCUUUUCCCUCCCGCCUUCGGUGAGAUUUUUUUGAUCUUCAGCUACAUUUUUCAGCUCUGUGAGGAGCCAGACUAUCAAACACAAUGGCUAGCAAUGUUACCAACAAGACAGAUCCUCGUUCCAUGAAUUCCCGUGUAUUCAUUGGGAAUCUCAAUACACUUGUGGUCAAGAAAUCUGAUGUGGAAGCAAUCUUCUCAAAGUAUGGCAAAAUUGUGGGCUGCUCUGUUCAUAAGGGCUUUGCCUUUGUGCAGUAUGUUAAUGAGAGAAAUGCUCGGGCUGCUGUCGCAGGAGAGGAUGGCAGAAUGAUUGCUGGCCAGGUUUUAGAUAUUAAUCUGGCUGCAGAGCCAAAAGUGAAUCGAGGAAAAGCAGGUGUGAAACGAUCUGCAGCGGAGAUGUACGGCUCCUCGUUUGACUUGGACUAUGACUUUCAACGAGAUUAUUAUGACAGGAUGUACAGUUACCCAGCACGUGUGCCUCCGCCGCCUCCUAUUGCUCGGGCUGUAGUGCCCUCUAAACGUCAGCGCGUGUCAGGAAACACCUCACGCAGGGGCAAAAGUGGCUUCAAUUCUAAGAGUGGACAGCGAGGAUCUUCUUCCAAGUCUGGAAAGUUGAAAGGAGAUGACCUUCAAGCCAUUAAGAAGGAACUUACUCAAAUUAAACAAAAAGUGGAUUCUUUACUGGACAGCCUGGAAAAAAUUGAAAAGGAACAGAGCAAACAAGCAGACCUGUCCUUAUCAUCGACAGUAGAGGUGAAGAAUGAUAAGUCAGAAGAAGAACAGAGCAGCAGCUCCCUGAAGAAAGAUGAGACUAAUGUCAAGAUGGAGUCUGAGGGGGGUGCAGAUGAUUCUGCUGAGGAGGGGGACCUACUGGAUGAUGAUGAUAAUGAAGAUCGGGGGGAAGACCAGCUGGAGUUGAUCAAGGAUGAUGAAAAAGAGGCUGAGGAAGGAGAGGAUGACAGAGACAGCGCCAAUGGCGAGGAUGACUCUUAAGCACAUAGUGGGGCUUAGGGAUCUUAUCCCAUUGUUUCUUUACCUAGGCGCAUGUCUUAAGAUCAAAAUUUCACCAGAUCCUCUCCCCUAGUAUCUUCAGCACAUGCUCACUAUUCUCCCUAUCCUCAUCUUUCCCAUGUUCAUUAAUUCAUAUUGCCCUGCGCCUAGUUCCAUUUUUUUGCUUCCUUUGAUGCUCCUGGUAGUUUUGUUAAGUCUUACCCUGUAAUUUUCGCUUUUAAUUUUGAUACCUCUUUAUGACUUAACAAUAAAAAGGAUGUAUGGUUUUUAUCAACUGUCUCCAAAAGAAUCUCUUGUUAUGUAGGGAGUACAGUUCUCUCCAUUCAUACAAGAUUUUAGUAGUUGCUUCCCUAACUGCAAAGGCAAUCUCACGCAUUUAGUUGUAGCACUGGAUAGCAGCUUUAAGUCAGAAAUAUGUUUGUCAUACCCCACAUGAGAGUGCUGUGUGGGGCGGUUUAACACAAUGUAACUGUAUUUUUGUGAACAGAGUUGGCAUGUCAGAUGCAUCCUUUAGAAAAUUAGUGUAAUAGUCUUAAUAUUUGUUUUCUAAAGUUGAUACUGUGGGUUAUUUUUGUGAACAGCCUGAUGUUUGGGGCCUUUUUUUCUCAAAAAAAAAAAAAAUAAGCCCUUAUUAAACCAGGAAUUUGGAGGGAAAAAAAAAACACCUGGUUUUUUAUUUUUGCAUAAGUGUUCACUUCAAAUUCUUUGUUUUGCAGCGGCCUCCACAAAACCCUGAGAUUGUGCUAAAUAUAUUUGUAACAUCAUGUAUUCAAAUUGUUUUUCUAGUAACCUUUAUAUUGAGCUCUGCCUUAGGGUUAAGCGGAAAAAUAGGAAAAGCAUUUCUUUUUUGUUCUUCAGUUCCCUUAGAACAUUGUGGGAGUUGUGCAUAUAUAGUUUCCUUAGAAUGAUCUAGUACUUCGCCAAAUUUUAGCCACUUAACCUUUAUCAUCCCUUCCUUAAUUCAAGCCCUAACCCCAUUUUUGUCAUUGUAACCAGGUAGCACCCAGCUCUCCUAAGGACAGAUCGAGUAUUUAAUACCAGAACGCUAAUGUUUAGUUCUGAAAAGUCCAGGUACUUCAUGUUUUGUGCUUCAGUUUUUCCAGUACAGCAGCAAGGAAGACAAUUCUUAGGUUUGUAGAGACGGACCUUGGAUUCCUUGGGUGUCAAGAUUCAUUGAAGCAGGCUGUGCAGGCAUUUUUUGUUUGUAUCUUCACUACAAUGGACCAAAGUUCAGUCAUGUUUUUAAUAAACAUAUUAUAGGUUCUUUAUCUGGAUUAGAACAGUCAAAAACUGCCCUUCCCAUAGGCCAGGCAGUGGUGGGUAAAGCCUGUAAUCUAGCUACUUCAGAGGCUGAGAGCUGACUCAGGAUCACAUUUCAAAGCUAGACCUGGCAGGAAAGUCUGUGCAAGUCUUACCUAAUUUCCCAGCAGAUAAUUGGUGCUGUGGCUAAAAGUGGUAGAGUCCUAGCCUUGAGCUAAAAACCUCAGGGAUUGUGCCUAGUCUGUGAGAUCAAGCCCCACAAUUGGCAAAACAAAGCUGCCCUUCAAGUUCAAAUGCAUAAUAUAAAAGUAAUCUUUCUUGUUAAUUCAGU